AUGCGGCUGAGUGGACAGUGCUCUGGGGUCGAAGUCCCUAAGAGCUCGGGGUUCGAUUCCCGGACGAGACGGAAACCAAUGGUUGCAGCUCUGCUAGCAGUGUUGCUACUCGGGUCCACUGCCUCUAAUAUUAAUGAAAUCUACUCAGAGACACCUGCCAGGUACAACUACAACUAUGGGGUCCAGGACGGUGCCAGUGCCACGGACUUCAGUCACCAGGAGUCCCGUGAGGGCCAGAAGACAAGUGGGAGCUACCGGGUGGCACUGCCGGAUGGACGGGUCCAGGUGGUGACCUACACGGCCGACGAAAAUGGCUAUAUGGCCCAGGUGGCCUAUGAGGGCCAGGUCCAGCCCCAAGCUUGGGGGCCGGCUUCACCCAGGGUUGCUGGGCCAGUCUUUCCCCAAGCCCCCGUCUUCCCUUCGUAUCCUGGCUUACCCCCUCCACCUGUGUUCCCUCCUCCCUUUGUGUUCUCUGCUGCACCUACUCCACCACCAUCAAAGCCAGUAACUGCCCCACCACCAAACCCAGCUGCUGGCCCACCACCAUCAAAGCCAGUACCUGCCCCACCACCAAACCCAGCUGCUGUCCCACCACCUAACCCAGCUGUUGCUACACCGCCAAAGCCAGCUGCUGGCCCACCACCAAACCCAGCUGCUGGCCCACCACCAAAUCCAGCUGCUGUCCCACCACAAAACCCAGCUGCUGCCCCACCGCCAAAGCCAGCUGCUGCCCCACCACCUAACCCAGCUGCUGCCCCACCAUCAAAUCCAGCUGCUGCCCCACCACCAAACCCAGCUGCUGCCCCACCGCCAAAGCCAGCUGCUGCCCCACCACUAAGCCCAGCUGCUGCCCCACCACCAAACCCAGCUGCUGGCCCACCACCAAGCCCAGCUACUGGCCCACCACCAAGCCCAGCUGCUGGCCCACCACCAAAUCCAGCUGCUGCUACACCACCAAACCCAGCUGCUGGCCCACCACCAAACCCAGCUGCAUAUACACCACCAAACCCAGCUGCUGGCCCACCACCAAACCCAGCUGCUGCUACACCACCAAACCCAGCUGCUGCUACACCACCAAACCCAGCUGCUGGCCCACCACCAAACCCAGCUGCUGCCCCACUGCCAAACCCAGCUGCUGUCCCACCACCAAACCCAGCUGCUGCUACACCACCUAACCCAGCUGCUGCUACACCACCCAAACCAGCUGCUGCCCCACCACCAAGCCCAGCUGCUGGCCCACCACCAAACCCAGCUGCUGGCCCACCACCAAACCCAGCUGCUGCCCCACCACCAAACCCAGCUGCUGCCCCACCACCAAACCCAGCUGGAGCCCCACCACCAAACCCAGCUGCUGCCACACCACCAAACCCAGCUGCUGCCCCACCACCAAACCCAGCUGCUCUCCCACCACCAAAUCCAGCUGAUGCCACACCACCCAAACCAGCUGCAACCCUGCCACCUGUCCCACCACCAAACCCAGCUGCUGCCCCACCACCAAACCCAGCUGCUGCCACACCACCAAACCCAGCUGCUGUCCCACCACCAAACCCAGCUGCUGCCCCACCACCAAACCCAGCUGCUGUCCCACCACCAAACCCAGCUGCUGCCCCACCACCCAAACCAGCUGCAACCCUGCCACCUGUCCUACCACCAAACCCAGCUGGAGCCACACCACCCAAAUCAGCUGCUGCUCCACCGCUAAACCAAGGCCCGGCCCCACCACCCAAGCCAAGUAUCGCCCAAAUACCCAAACCAAGCCUCGCUCCAAUACCCAGUCGGACAUAUGCUUCGGUACCCAGCAACUGGUUCUCUCAAAGGUCGUAUUAUGCACCUCCUCCUCCUCCACCACCACCACCAGCCCCCAUAUACAACCCAUACCCAGCCCCCACACCUCCACCAGCCCCCAUAUACAACCCAUACCCAGCCCCCACACCUCCACCAGCCCCCAUAUACAACCCAUACCCAGCCCCCACACCAUACAGUAUAUAUUUUCCAGCUCAGCCAAAUUCUGUCACAUACCCACUUUAUCCUUGA